UUGUUUUUUGUUUAGUUUUGUUUGUUUUUCUUUGCUUUGCUUUGAGAGAAUUUCAGAGGCCAUUGAGGAAUUUACUAGAAGAAAAAGGUAAAGAAAUCCCAUCAGAAAUCCAAUCUAAAACGUCGCAACAUAUUGUGUUGUGGUGCAAAAAGCCAAGUUGGAAUGGCUCAGCCUUUGCCGAGAUGGGAAAGUAUGUCAGUGGAUAUUAUACUCAAAGGAAAUAACCUACAGUGACUUUCAUUGUGGCCUGUUGAAAUAUAUGAUCCAACAUUAACAAUAAAUUGGCCCUCUUGGACAUUCGAUUAUGUCUACAGUGUAAACAUGGUUCUUUUCCACCACUAUGUAAUAGAUCUUUGUAGCUAAUGUGUCCUAGGCCACAUCUCUGUGCCAGUGCCAUAGGAGACAGAGAGCUCUUGGCACAGAGAGAGAAAACAAAACACACUCCGAUUACGACAAGACUAUGUAGCUUGACCUUCUUUUAUGUGCAAUAAAAGGGUGAAAUGAAUGUCAGUCUUAUCAGAUCAUCUGCUAGUCUGGUGUGUUACCAUCACUUGCAUCAGCAAAUGCACAAAAAGUGGGCGUCAUUAUAAUAUGAGAUCCUACACAGUGUGAGAUUCUAAUACAUGCUUUCCGGUUUUCACAUGUGUAGGCUUGUAUCCCCAGGCUAGCAACAAUAAAAGUGAUCUUGCGUUGGUUUUAUCUAUGGUCUGACCGAGCCUGUGAUAUUCCUAAGGAUGAUAUUGAGCUUUUCUAUAUUGAGUUCUCACAUUCCUAAGAGAACUAUGCAAGAUAUUUAUCUCCUCACACUAAAGAUGACAGACAUUUUCAAUUAGGCCAUAAUUAAGGUUUGACUAAAUAUAGUCCUGCACUGACAUACUAUGUGACAAAGUCAGUUCUUCUUUCUGAUUUGUAAAGAUAGAAGGGUACCUGGUAGUUAAGAGUAGGUCUGUAAAGAUAGAUCAGUCAGACAUGUGACGCCACUGCAAAAACAAAUGUCUCCUAUAGACUAUAAAUACUAUAUGUCUUUAGGAUGUACUUGGAAACAGGUCACUAUUCAAACUGACCUUUGAAGAAGUGAUUUACAAGCACUGAAGAUUAUUUAAUCUUAUAAUACAUUUAGCAUUUAACAAUAAGACAUUUAACUAAUAUUUAAGUGUUUUAUUUACAGCGAAAGUCAGUGGUGUCCAAAAUAACACUGAACCCCUUUGAUGGAAAAGAAAAAAAGUCAUACAGAAUGGCAUGCGUGAAUAAAUGAUGAAGAUUUUUCAUUUUUGAAUGAACCGUCCCUUAAAGGGAGUUUUUUUUUGGGACGCAGUUGAAGUUUAUGGUUUAUGAUACUUCUUUCCCAAAUUCUUGAGCAGUCAAAUAUCUCUGAAUAAUAACGUUUCCUGAUGACAACACCAUAUUAUUACUGACUGCUUAUCCGGGAAACCCAUGAACUUCAUGUGACCUCUUCACGUUAUAAUAUUAAAUUUUGAGUCAUUAUAUUAGCGACAACAUGACAAAUUAGUACCGGAUAAAUCAUGUCACUUCGGCUUAACAUGGUUAAUUUGUCAUGCAUCCUCACAAAGCAAUGUCAAAUACCUUUUGCAUUCUUACAAAUUUCCAAACACCUCUUCCUCCUACACUUUAUUUCCUUAAAUAAAGGUGUGCUAGAAGGUUGAACACACGGUAAAGAGGGUUUAAAUGAAGACCAGCUAUAUUAAAGUUAAAGAUUUAAAAGUGCCAGCUCAGAGUCAUUUAGUAAUAAUCUGCGCAAGAACAAUGACUUCUCUGUAAAAUCAAAUGCAAACAGUAAGCACAGAAUUUGCCAAGCCCUGCAAUGAAUAGUGCGGGAGUGUUUGACGGUUUCCUCAGGGAGAGGUUCAAUCAAAGGAAACAAGGCAUUCUUUUGGCAGGUGCAAAUGAAGGACUUGCAAUAGCCUGGUUAGUUUUUGUGCCAGAUUUCUGUAAGUUGAGCAACCACUACAAUGCAAACUUCCUGUGACACAGAUGACUGUCUCAGUUUCAAGAGAAUUUUAAGCAUGCAAACAACAUGCAGCCUACUGAGUGAAUAAACAGGAAAUAAAUUACUUGAUUACUAUAGUCCAGGUUUGUUAUUCUGGUUAAUUGAAGUUGUUUUGACAGCAUGACGAAACUCUCAGGGUUUUUCUCCUUACUAGACAUUUCACAGAUGAUCGCUUUUAUCUAUACAGAAUGAUUAUAACUUGUGUAUUUAAAAUAAAUCUUGUUCAUCGGGUUUUGUCUAUUCAAAAAUACAGUUUGUUUCUUAAUGGUCUGUAGUGUGAGUUAGCUGACUGUCCUGUGGAGCAGUUAACUAUUAGAUUGCAUGAAACUGAUUUUGGCACACCCUCGGAUGACUAAGUGCAGGUCGUUUUAUGCAAGACUAAUUGAGAGGAUUGUCAUUGGUUGAGAUCCUGAAAUACAACUGAAUGUUAUGGUCAGAUUAUUGUAACUUCCAGUGACGUGUCACGUUUCAUUAGUGGUAGCACACCCUCUUCAUUCAAAACCUGUCAUGUCUGUUAAAGAAAGAAAUAUGACGUUGUGUAAUGGACUUUUUGCAUCAUAAAUUGACCAAAAUUGCCAGCAAAAGUAACAAAAAGACCCCAUAUUUAAAAUGUGUGGACAAAAAUAUCCAUGUAGUCUUAGUAUUUGACAUAAAUGGACUUAUACAGGGGGAAAAAAGCUCUUUUAAAUGUAAAAGUUGGUAUUGUAUGUAUUUUCUAAAAAUGAUAUAUAUUUUUAUUGUCCCUUAAUAGGAAAGUUUAAUUUCAGACACUAAUCAUAAAAAAGUCACAAACAUGAGAAAUUUGCUUGUAGAUUCUGAAGUUUGUUGCUAUAUAUUUUUCCUUUUGUUUUGUUUGCUGUUUGUUACUUGACUGACUACAGAACCUAGUCCACAGUUAACUCUAAAUUCUGUAUUGCCCCCAUGUGGUAAAGUUCUGUACUACAGUGUUUUUGAUCAGCAUGCAUGUGUGUAAACUGUUGUGUUACUUAUUUAAUGUAGCACCAUCACACAAAGGUUUUCCAUUGUCUAUGUGCUUAACAGCUGAUAUUUUGUAUUUGUAAUAACACAGCAAAGCCACAUUUUUACUAACUGCCAGUUCUUUCAGGAUAUUAAUGCACAGGUCCACUUCAUUAUGAUAAACCUGACCACAUCUAGCCCACAUCUAACCUGCUCCUAAAGUUGACCUCUGUAUUUGAUCUAGUCAUCCUUAUGUAGUCUUUUCUCCUCUAUUCCCAAUACCCCCAUCUCUGAGGACCCCUGAGUUGAGUUUUCUCCAAUGUGUCGAUGAGCCACAUUUAGUAGGUGUGGUGUGAAAGCAACGAAGAGGAGGAGGAGGAGGAAGAGGAAAGUGAGGAUUUAAAGGGCAGUAUUGCGUUCUGUUUGCAGGUUGAGCACACAGGAACUCGUACAUACUACUUCAGUGCAGACAGCCAGAAGGAGCAGGAGGAGUGGAUCCAAGUCAUGAGUAAGGCUGCCAGGGUCCACAUCCAAGCCACAUCCAGAAAUAAAUCUGAGCCCGUCCCAGCAGCAGACGAAAACGACAUGGUAGCCAAACGCCUCGAGCCCAACUCUCAUGCAGAGAAUGGCCAGAGGCCAGAUCUCCAUGAGCCGGUCAAACACGAGCUUAACGGUGUAGAAACCAGAGACACCACGCCCAGCACCCCAGUGACCCCAGUUACCCCAAAUAUAGAGGGCAGAAUGGGGGAGAAAGGAGGCCUGGCACUCCAUCACCCCAACGGCUGGGGUAACUAUGGUCCUCCCAACGGUUCAAGAUACCAGUCCCAAGAGAACGUGAGGGAUAUGCGUGAGCCACAUGAGGAGAAUGUGGUGAUGCGGAGAGGCUUUGUGCCCAGGACGGCACCGGAGAGACUCGCUCAGAGGAAGAGCUCCAUGACGCAGCUGCAGCAGUGGGUCAACCAGCGGCGGGCCUUGGUGCCUCAAGACGACGGCCGCAGUCCAUCCAGGUACUACACAGUAAACCGCGCUAUGUCAUCAGACUAUUACGGUGUGUAUGGCGGCCCUCCAUAUGUAGAUGACUAUCCCCUCUACCCACCUGGCGUCCGACCUGAGAGCAUCUGCUCCAUGUCGGCUGCAUACAACCGACCACCUCCUGGCUGGACCAUGGAAGAGAGAAGGCGGUCAUUACGAGACGGACCCUUAUAUGGUCAACCUCGAGACCCUCAGUGGAUGAUGGGACCCCAGGGUCCUGCCUAUUACCCCCAGUUGGACUCAGCGCAGAACUCUAUGAGACGGCUUUCCAUACAGCCCCGCUCGCGGUCAGUCCCUCGUUCACCCUCCUCUUCAUCGGGAGGACCCUACUCUCCACACAGCUUUGCCUCACCUGCCCGAUCACCCAGCACCAGGUUUGAUCGGGGACCUGGCCGACUCAGAGAGGAGGGAAUAUAUGCUGACCCCUCAGUCUACGGGCUCCGCAGGUCACUGAGCUCACCUAAGUAUGAUUUCCCUGGAGAUAGACGCUCCUAUAGCCAAGGAAUGUACCACUACAACUACCCAGCAUCCCCUUCGCUUCAUAGUAAAAUGGAGGACAUUUUAGACGUGCAGCUACAGAGGAACCUGGAGUACCUAGAUCAACAGAUGACAGAUGGUGAUCACCUAAUCGGCAUGGUAACCAGAAUGGUUGAGCGUUCCUCUCCUCGAGCAAAACUGUUCUCACAAGUGCCUCAAUUCCAUGAUGUGUACGGUGAUCUACAUCCCACGCUGAAACUUAAUGAGAUUGAGACCAGUAAACUACUGGGCCGCUUGUGUGAGCAGAAUCGACUUGUGAAAGAACAGGAGGCUGUAGUUCAUCGUUUGCGAAUGGAAAAGGACAGUCUAGAGGGGGUGCUGGUGGCCACACAUCAGGAGAUGGAGCUGUACAGGAGCCAGCCGCUGGCCAUGGAGAAACUUCAGCUGAAGAAAGAGAGUCUCCAAAACAAGUUGAUUAACAUCAGAGGAGAGCUGUCUCAGGCCUCCGGUGUCCUGACUACCACUCGUAUGGAGUUUGAGGCACUAGAGGAUGAAGUAAACAGCAUCCAUGGUGACCUGUGGGAACAGCUGAACGCUGGAGGGCAGAGCGAGCUGGUACACAGGCACAUUCAGAAGGAGUUCUGGAAGGUUCAGGAUGUUUUGGAGGGGCUGCACAAGAACAACCCGUCUCGUGGCACGGACACAGCCAAGCACAGAGUAGCCAGUGGAGCAUCCGGCUCUUUCAGCACAAACAGUCCUGCAAGUCCCUUGAGUUCAGUGAGUCUGACGAGUCCUCUCAGCCCCUUCUCUCCUGUCCCUGGCUCUCAGGCCUCUCCCACUAAACAGCUGGCCACAGAGGAGGUUGGUCCUCCACGACCUCCACUUCCUAAAUCUUACCAGCCCCUGGAGUCUUCCCAGUCCUUUCCCCCCUCCAUUCCUCCCCUGCCCUUAGACAGCAAUGCCUGGCUGCGCAGCAUGGGCCCCCAUUCAGGCAUCCAUCAGGAAGGCUACAAGGACGAUGAAGAAUUCAGCAGCAGAAAGCACAACUACAACUCACAAGGAGAAAAGAUCAACGACUUUGAUACAGAAUCCAACCAGAAUAAAGUUGGAAUUGUUCCACCCAGGACCAAGUCGCCUUCACAAGACAAGAACAAGUCUGAAGGCGUCCAACGAAGAAAUGGGAAGGUGUCCAACGGUCAUAUUUCCAGAGAGAGGCCAAAGAGUGCGGUGUUCCCCGCAGAGGUAAAGUCUAAAAUGAGUGUGGAGGAACAGAAUGAGAGGAUACGAAGAAACCAGAGCAGCUCCGUCAGAGACAAGAGGCGCAGCCUCAACCUCUCUAGCAAUCAGAACAUUGAUGGCUACAAAACUUCGACUAACUACAGAGUGGUGCGGAGGAGAGUAACAGCUGAUGAGGUGGAUAUUAAGGAUCUUGAGGCGGCCGUGAGGGGAGAAGGUGUGGAGUCACCCAGGCAGGAAAUUGCUCGUCUGCGACGGCAGGUGGAACCGGAACACUAUGACCUGGAUCUCAACAAAGAGUUAUCCAUGCCGGAAAAAGUCCUGAUCCCUGAGCGAUAUUUGGACAUGGAGCCCAGUACACCACUCAGCCCAGAAGAGCAGCGGGAGAAACAGAAGAAAGUUGAAAGAAUCAAGACACUGAUUGCCAAAUCAAACCUGCAAAAUGUGGUGCCGGUGUUGGACGGGCCGGUGGAGGGAACCAGUAACCCGGAGAUACAGCUUCAGGAGCAGGAGAAGCGCAUCGAGAUUUCCUGUGCUCUGGCUGCCGAGGCCUCCCGCCGUAGCCGGCUGCUCUCUGCCCAGUGCGUCCCCAGUUCCCCUGCCUCCCCAACCAGCCUGGUCCCUCCCCCUUCUGCUGACUACUCUGACUCCUCCCACAUCAUGAAGGUGUGAAGCUCAAGCGCUUGCAGCUGUCAAAUUUGACGAUGAACCCUUCUGAGUGUCCAGCAGACAAAGAAAAGAUGGCAAAAAAAAAACACUGAACACCAAGAACAUAUGUUUUGCCUCCGCCAAACAUUGUAUUUAUUUGACUACUUACACAACACCAUGCAGAGAAAUAUUUCAAAAUGUUUGGAUAUUUGCAGAGGGCUGUUCACGAGCGAGGUUAUCUGCCUCCACAUCUCCUCGCAAUCCUCACUCGGAGUGCGUAACCCACGGCAGAACUACGUAAUUCAAUUUAUCAUCUGUUUUGACUUGGUUUCGGAGGAUGGCAGUCAUAUUACAAAAGCUACAAACUAGCCAGGAAGUGGACGAUGUUUACAGAUUCAUAUCUACUCUCGGUCACAUUACUGACUGGAGUACAUACAGCAGAUUCAUACUACAAAUGCUGGGUACAGCUGCUCAGGGCGGAUUCUGCAGACACAAGCACGUUUGUGACUGGAAAGAGUGUGACAGAGAUCGAGAUGCGACCAGAGGAAAAUAGCCAUGCUUGAGGAAGUUGGGAAAAAAAAAAACAGACCAAGGACUACAGCAAAGUUGUCAAAGCUCAGUUUAUCUAUAAUUCAUCCGAAGGAAAGAUUUGGAACCGCUGGUAUGAUAAUUAUCUGUGUACCGCAAUUGACCCCUGAGGAUUUACGGACGGAACUCAGAAGGAACUUGGAACAAUCGUAGACUGUUGAUGAAUCCGUUGUUGUCUUGAUCCAAAGGAUGUUGUUGAUGCAAGAAGACUUGGCAUUGGGCACUUCCCCUCCAUCACCUUUAAGGCCAGACUCACUGUGACUCCUCCUGGCCUCCUCUUUUCCCACAGUCCUCUCCGGUUUCACUACAGGGAUUGAGCACCCUCUUCCCAUUAACAUUGCAGUCUCUCAAACCAUUGUCAGGCCUUUAAGAACCGUGUGUAUCUAUAAAGAAAGCAUAUAUAUUGAUAUGACUAUUACUCUAAUCUUUGCAUCAAAGCCAUGUGGACUCAUCAUAGUGCUUUUACUGCUAGGACAGUAGUUACCAAAUAAUGGUAUCUAAAUACUUGUGAGCGUGUGUGGUAGAUUAAUAAGAAGAGAAAGUUGAACCAUUGGAAGUGUCCUUAGAGUUGUAAGUCUGCUUGUUGAAACAAUGCGUGUUCAUGCGAGGCCAGCAACUUGCAUUACAGCCUGUAUAUACUGACUUUAAAUUAUGUAACCUGUUGCCCCAACAGAAUAUCAGAGCCCUUAUUUGUGGAUUGUCGUGCCAUUUGGAGAUUCAUUUGGCUGUUUCUUUUCUGCUGUGGCACAGUUUUUGUGUAAAUACAGAUUGACAUGGAAUUAAAUGGAACAAUAUUUUGGAUUAUUUUUCUAUCACAGCUUGAUUAUAAUGUACCGUAAAGUAAAGAACAAUUUGCCAAACCAUAUAAAUCUCCUGUUUUGUACUUGGAGGGGAUCUUUCCCCUAUAUCGAAUCCUCUAAAAUGCCAUGCAAGUUGUUAGCCCAUUCUGUGCUUUCUGCUUGUCUUUUUUUACGUGAAAUUAGUCUGUUUUUGGUCAAACUCUUGACUAAACACUGGCCUCAGAAUUUGUUUUGACCAAACUGUCAUUUAUUUCUCCCGUCGAGAAAAGUCACAGAAAUCAAGUUGUACCCCUGAAUCAAGCUAAAACACAUCUGAAAAAUGAAUAACGUUCCACAGAAGCAGAUUAGCCAUCACCACUUUUAAGCAAAAACAGCCCUGAAGGGGAAGACAGAGAUCUAUUUUUAUCAUUUUUCAGAAAGAGAAAAACAAGAUCAAUGCAUCGCAUAUUUUUCUAUGUAUAAAAUGAGGUUUGAUUGGUUACAUUUGUAAAAUGAUUAAAGAGAGUUUUGAUCUGAUAUAUUAUGGAGAUACUGAUCGAGGCUGAUAUAUUUUUAAUUUAUUGACCGAAACUUUGCAGCAUCCUUUUGAAGGCCUUGUUUAAAAGUCAUUUUUAAGUGUUAUUUUGUAUGUAAUUAGACAAAAUGGUUAAAGUUGCAGUUGGACAGUCAAAGCAGAGAUGUCUAAUGUUUGUUAACAAAACACAUGUAGCAUAUAAAGUGGGAUUAACUACAGUAAUUCAAAAUAAGCACAUUGGUCUGUGUAAAUAUUUUUAAAUCAAAACACUGUAUGUCUUCAUAUUUACCGUAACUAAUGCUAUUUUAAGGGAAAAAAUGAGACUGCUUGAGCUAUGCAAAUCAAACAAAAUAAUACUUAAUGUGCUUGCUUUAGAAGUACCCUCAUGCAAUAAAGUGAAUGUAUUUAAAACCUU